CUUCCUGGCACCUGCCUCUGCCCUUCUCUCUCUUCCUCUCUCCCUUUCUCUCUCUUCUCCUGACGUGCUAAAACCUCUCUGAAACCUUCGCAUCCCCCUCUCCCUCGAUCGCGGCGGAACCAAUCUCCCGUGAUCGCGAGCGCCUCCUGAGGUGCCCCUCCUCCUCCUCCUCCUCCUCCUCCUCCUCCGGCUGCUGGUUUUUGUGCGGGCGAUGUCGAUCAGGUUCAAGUUCAGGAGCGCCCCGAACUUCGACUCGGUCGACGUCGGGGACGGCCGGACCUCCGUCUCGGUCGGCGACCUCAAGUCCAGGAUCCGGCGCCUCAAGAACCUGAACAUCUGCUCCGGCUCCGAUCUCCGCGUCUCCGACGCCGUCACCGGCGAAGAGUACAAAGAUGACAAUGUUGAAAUUCCAAGUGGUUCGAGCGUGAUUAUUAAGAGAGUACCUGCUGGAUUUGCGUCGCCUCUUACCAUCCAUUGCAAUGAUGUUAUUGAGAAUUUUGGGAUCAAGGAUAUUAAUCCUGGUGCUAUCUCUUCACUGGAUGAUAAGGACAGGACUUCGAAGAAACCUUCUCUUUCAGUGAAAGAGGACAUCAUUGAUUUUGAUGACUUCGGGGAUGACGUGUGUCCUGUUCUCGAGAGAAUGGUUGAUGAUUCCAGCUUCAAUGUCGAGAAAAAGUGCAGUAUUAGCAGUGAAAGCCCCAAAAUUGGUGCUGUCAGAUGUACUAAGCUAACAAGAGAAGUAGGUCGGAGAUUGGAUGAUAGUGAUUGCAGUGAGUCUGUUUCAAAAGGUCCCUUGGCAAUGGGGAUCGGAAGGGACAAGUUGCUGGUUGAGGGAAAAAUUAAAACUGAAGAACCUUCAAAAUUGCAAAAGGCCAUGAAUGCCUCUUUUAUAGCUACUCAAAAUGCUGACCUGCCCUCAGAGCUCAAAUGCUCUCUCUGCAAGGCACCUUUUGAUGAAGCAGUGAUGAUACGUUGUUGCCAGAAUAGUUAUUGUGAGCGAUGUAUUUGUCCAGUGCUAAAUGAGAAGUCACGCUGUCCAAAUUGUUCUGCGAAAUGCAGAGCUGAAGAUUUGCUACCUAAUGUAUCUCUCAGGCAUGCUGUUGAGGUCUUUCUUAGAUCCCAGGUUUUUGCUGAUGGUGUGGAGGAUAUCCAUCAUCAUGCAUCCGAUGGGGAAUCUGGCAUUCAAGGAAAAGAAGCGUCUGGUGAUUUGACCAUUGUUAAGAGGGGCUCCAAGUGUUGUCAACCUUCCCAAGUAAUUGGGAAAGGACCUGGCCACGUCAUAUCAGAACCUGCCCUAGAUUGGAAGUCCAGGAACAGAGCAGUGACAGCUGGUUCCUGUUCUAAUGUAGAUGCAAUAGAGAGGGUAAGGCAGAUGUAUGAAGAAGAAGUGGAUUCUAGUUGUCCUGUAGAUCUCAGAUGUGGAAAUUUGGUGGUGUUUCCUGAUUCUGAAGUGAAAAGCCAGUCCAUGCCAGAGCAAGCAGAUUCUUUCGUAAAGAGAAGGAAUGGGUUGAUCAACUCCACAGGUGGGGAUCUAAAUUUAUUGGAGACUGGAAGAGAUGGGAAGAUGCAGGGGUGCCGAGCCUGUUACAUGUGCGGCUCUUUGCAUCAUUUGAUAAGAAAUUGUCCCCAUGCUUCCACACCACAUCCUAUGCCUCAGAGAGGAAAUGCUUUCUUCCCAGAUAAUGUCUCUCCAUUUGGAAAUUCUACUCCCCAUGUUAGGCCUUUUGUGGAUCAAUAUGUUAAUUUUGGGAUGAUGCCCCUCAAUUCUGCUGUUGUUCCCGCUGCACCUUUGUCUGUUCCAAUGUAUAUGUCUACGAUUUAUGGUGGAUUGCCCACCUAUGGUGGCUUUAUGAGGUUGGGAAGCAUGGAACCUGUGGGUGGAGUUGGUACAGGCCCUGACCAUAGCUUUCAAAAGCUAAAUGAUCUUCACAGUCGUGAAAAGCAACGGGAACUGGCCAAGAAGCAUAUGAUGAGGGAUACAUCUACUGAUUUUGGAGUUGAUGAUGGUUUUAUUAGGAGAUGUCAUCUUGUUGAUGUGGAAAGAUAUCAGAAGGAUAGUUUCAGCUAUUCUGAUGACAGCUUUUCCCAAAAGCCUCAAAGAGAGCAUUGGCACGGACAUAAUCUAGAUUCAGACAUCCGCUGGACUGAUGAAAGGCAUCAGAAGACUUCUCACUCAUUGACUUCAGCUAGAGAUGGAAGAUUGUGUCGUCAUGAUGGAAUAUCUUCUCCAGGAAGCAAAGGAUAUUCCAAAUUGCUUCACUAGGCGAGCCAAAGAGAGGCACUAUUAUCAAAAUAAAGGCUCGAAAAUGCAUAAAGAGAACAUGGCAUGGUUUUCGAGUGAUUCAAGUUGGAGUCCCUGUCAGGCUGAAAAAAGAAUAGAUACCAAGAGAAAAAGAGAUGAAUCUAAUGUCAAGAGGCAUAACAGAAAACCUCGUUCUCCAGAACUUGACUGUUUACAUAAGUCUCCCAGUGACAAAGAAAAUAGGAUGAGAGAAAAGAAGUUCAGUCAUAGGCCAAGAGAGUCCAGACAUUUACAGUGCUGCAGGAAUGAUGGGAGGUCUGUGAAUGAUGAACGCAUUCAGGACAGAUGGAAGAUGGUGAGUGGGUCUGAUGAGGAUGGUGGAGGUAGACCGCAACAAUACAAGCGCAAAAAAGUCCGGUAGAAGAACUAAUAUACCCAGUUGGUGAGGUAAACUGUAGAUGUGUACAUACUCAUGCUAGGUGAUCUAUCUGGAUUCCUUUUCUUGUGUUAAGACUUUGGAAUAGCUGUAGUUAUGCUUUACAAUCGUUUUAACAGCAAUAGAAACUAGGAUUACUGGAUUUAAUGGACAGCUCCCUUGGAUACACAUAGGUUUUGUCUAUAUUGUUAGAAUUUUCUGUUUGUUGACACCUGUCUAAUUGAUGAGUCAACUUAUGGAUAAUUUCCAAUUGGUUGUAGUUUGUGUUAUUUGCUUACUAAUGAUUUGACUUUUUUAGCUUGA